AACGUCACCUCCUCAAUAAAACCCCUCCAAACACUCUCAUAAAAAUCACACGCCACUCUACAAACUAUGGAACCAGACGGCCCUAACCCAGUCCAAAUCCAAACAUGCCCGCCUAACAAGCUCGCAGAUGAAGCCCUCCCUCUCGUGCUCCUCCACGACGGCGGCGGCACUACCUUCUCCUACUUCUUCCUCGACCACCUCGACCGCGACGUCUGGGCUCUCCACAACCCCAAUUUCUUCACGGGCGAGCCCUUUGUCGGCGGCAUGGAUGCCAUGGCCCGCCACUACAUCGAGCUCAUCGCCAAGGCCGGCAUCUCUGGCAAGAUCCUCAUUGGCGGAUGGUCACUUGGCGGCUACCUCUCAGUUACCAUUGCCAAUAUCCUCGCACAAGAGCCCUCGUCGUUCUCCAUUGCAGGCAUGCUGCUCAUUGACUCGCCGUACCACUCGCCAGACGCUCCGGAGGGUGCGGACCCCGUGAUGGGCAAUAUCCCGGAUCUCGUGCAAAAGGCAUUUGAUAAUUGCAUAGAGAUGCUCAAGGACUGGCAUCUCCCAGACUGGCCGGCCGCACAGCCUAGCCAAGAUAUCCAGCUUACUGUCUCAGGCCGCUCGUUUGCUGUGAACAAGGGUGAGAUUCUGUAUGCACAGCAUAAAGGCGCCUGGACUACGCGGGCUGUUGAGACGUACCCCGAUACACAGCCUCAGAGUUCGCCGCAGAACCCCCCGUUGGCAGCACUGAUGCGCUGCGUCGAUGCGGCUCCUGUACAAGCUGGCGCUGGUGCGGGCAAGGUCUGCGAUGUGGACUUUGAUCGCGACCAGGUGCUGCUGGGCUGGGCGGGCAAGUAUCCUGAUUUCAUCCGCGCCGUGGCCGAUCUGGAAGGACAUCAUUAUGCGCUGUUUGAAGUCGACAAGGCCGACUAUGUUACAAGCCGUAUGAGAGAACUGCUCCAGAUGCUUGAGAAUGCGGCACGCAAGUAACGGAACGGAGAGUUACUUUAUGAUGAUUAUGAGUUGUAAUUGGCUAACGAAAAUAUAAUGUAUAUACUUGAACUCGCUACGCAACUUGCACAACAAAAUCUCGUGCUGAGGAAAAAGAAUACCCCAACAUAAUAAGCGCCAACAGCUAUAUAUCAUGGAAAGACGUGGCCCUACUGAUAUUCAUGACGAUAUGCUCAGACAAAGGAAAAUUAUAUACCCUCUUGUUUUAUAACCCGAAUUCUUUCUAUUUCUUGUCUCACACUCUUUUUUCGUUUUUGGUUUACAUCGGCACAACUUCCUUUCCGACCUCGGUCAGGCCCUUGAACAGGCCGUCAACAGUGCCUGGUAAGGUUUGGCAGUUGGUCACGACACGGAAGAAGUGGCCCUUGGGGCCGGGGGCAAAGUCGAACAUGAAGCCGCGAGGCACCAUCUUGGCCACCAUGGCACGCGUUCUUCUUGUAUUCUCAGCCUUGUCGUCGGCAAUCUUGCCGCCAGGUGCGUAGUAGAAGCAAAUCUGCAGGCAUGGGGUAGGGUUGGGAGAGAUGAGCUCAAAGUCGGGGCUCUUCUCAACAAGAGUGGCAAGACGCUCAGCCAUGUCAAAGGCGUGGUCGAUGCCCUGCUCGAAGCCGGCGGCUCCGUAGUAGAUCCAGGCAAGGGCCAUCUUCAUGCUGUCGGCGCGGCGGCCGCACUGCAGCGUUAAAUCAGCGAGAUCCCAGACCUCCUCGUCCUCGGGGUCGUGGAAAAGGUAGCCGGCGCGCAGUGAGUUGGCGCCGUGGAAGCGUCUGAGGUCGUUGGUGAGGAGGAAGGAGCACGUCAUGGGCACGUUGAGCAUCUUUUGCGGGUUAAUUGUCAGCGAGUCGCCAAGCUCGCUGCCAGCGAGCUUGUGGCGGUGCUUGGAGGAGAAGGCAACGGAACCGCCCCAGGAGCCAUCGACAUGCAUCCACAUGCCGAACUCGUCGCAGAUGGCACGGAUCUCGUGCAUCGGGUCAAACAUGCCGUAGACGGUGGUGCCUGCCGUGGCGUUGACAUAUAGAGGAGUGCGGCCCUGGGCCUUGGAUUCGAGGAUCAGCCUGCGGAGAGCAGAAGUAUCCAUGCGGCCAUCGGGGCUAGUGGGAACGCCAAUGACGCUGGACGAUCCCAUGCCAGCAGCCACAGCAGCCUUUUCUACGGAAAAGUGGCCGUGCUCACUGGUGAAGACGGUGAAGCGGUAGCCCUCGCCGCCGUUGACCUUGACGUCAGGGUAUAAGGCGUUGCGGGCAAUGACAAGAGAUGUGAAGUUGGAUGCUGAGCCGCCCUGGCAGGUGACACCACCCGCAUGAGGGCCGGUGAAACCAAAGUAAGAGGCCAUGGCCUUGGCGGUAACCUUUUCAAUGAUAGUCAGGGCGGGAGAGACGUGGUAGACAUGAACAUUGGUAUUGAGGACGCCAAGGAUAAUCUCGGAAAUGACACCAACGGGGUUUGUGCUCGCCGUCAGCUUGUCCAUGAAGCCUUGGUCCCAUGUGUUUACGCUGUAUCGCAGGAUAUCUUGGAUGGCAUCGAGGAGACCCUCUUUUCCGCGGCCCUGGCCGGCAGGAAGAGAAAAGUUGUAACGCUCAAGCAACUCUUUGGGUGAAUAGGCCUCAAUGAGGACAUUUCGAGGAGGUCCGUUGGAUCCGGGCUGCUGGAGAAGUCUGCCAGCAGGCUUCACGGCGGCCUCUUGGUCCGCUUCACGGACAUAUGGCACGAUGAGCGACUUGACGGCAUCGAGAAGCCCCUCCAGCUCCUCUGCUCUGUUCAGCGUCGUGCAUCCUUUUGUCUUGAACAUGCCGUAGCCGUUGUGGUGACCAUUGGAGCUGUCAAAAGCCGUUUCCUCGCCGUUGGCGGAGCCGUGGUCCGAGGCGGGCAUUUUUGAGGGAAUUAGAUGUGGGUGGCGGCGUAUAAGUGGCUAUAAGGUGGGCGGGGCGAGGUUAUCGUUGUUGUUGCUCGAUAUAGGAUGUUUUCUUGAUGUUGUUUCUAUUUGCCCGUGUAUUUCAAAAAUAAAAUUGUGGCUAUAUGUGGUGGCGUUUAAUGGCUGAAGUAAAAGUCGAUAUAGCGUGCUUCCGAGCCAAACUAAGCUACGAAAAGAGAAACUCGCCGAACGAUUUGCGAUGGGAGCACCAAGCUAAAUAUCAAGUUCCGUUUGUGGCAAUAGAUUGGAGCGUAACGCGGGCGUCUACCAUGCCCGUACUGCGUCGCCGUCUUACAUCUGCGCCGUGCAAAUCCGGCUCGUCUUCCUUGCUUGACGAAAGGAGUUGGACUUACGUACGGCCCGCUUACAAGCACCAUCUACGCGGAGCAGAGCAGGCCAACACGUGCUGGGGAUAUUAGCCUCGACUUGUGAGAUUUUAGCCGGAGCGGGAUUGACCUAGAAUAGCGUGAUGCUAUUCUAGGUCAGUUGUCGUUUGUGUUUGGUGUUAUUGGCAAAGAGCCGGCCGGCAUCUUCAGCUACUAGCGUAGGCCGUGUGCUGCAGAGCCUAGACUCUAUACAUAUCUCUUGCCGAUGCUUCUCUGGAUCUUUCACUCAACACGCAGUCCUCUGUUUGCCUCUCGGAGAGAAAAAACUCUGUCUCUGCGUGUGCAUUGUUUCCUCAUCCCCUGGGUUGGGCUCGACUAAGCGGCCCCGCGCCCCAGAUUUUCUGCCAAUGAAGGAGGGACGGAGGCUUUGCGCCAGUACUUUGAAUAUCCAGUCUAGUGAAACAUGAAAACGCCUUAUAUUGGUGAGACAGGGGUGGAGCUGGCCUAGUGGCUCUGUUGGUGCAUACGGCAUUGGUGUGCCGAUUACAGUGGUAGCAAAACUCGUCAGCACGUAUGGCAGCAUGUUAUUAGCCGGCGACUUUUAAACCGCACGAGAGCGAGAGAAGAGCCGCAAAAAACGCUAAAGGUA